UGUCACCAAUUGUCAAUCUCGUUUGCACUUGCUGAGGUGUCAAGUAAAUGUGAGUUUUAUGUUGGAAAGUUUUUUAAUACGCUGGAUGUAUCCCUAAUAGGAAAAAUUGAUAAUAAUGUCUAAGGAUCCAAAUCAAAGAGAAGCCAUUAUAAGGGCUGCGUAUGCGGAUGUUAAUAAAUUCGGUCAAAAUGGCGAAUACGAGAAGGCAGUCAAGGCAGUAAAUAGGGUUUUGGGUAUUGCACCAGACGAUCAAACAGCAUUACACUGCAAAGUUGUUUGUCUCAUUCAGCUAUCAAAAUUCGACGAGGCUUACAAAUUCAUAGAAAAAAACAAGCUUGCCUCCACUUUAGUGCUGGAGAAGGCCUAUUGCGAAUACAGAUUGAACAAGCCCGAGCAAGCAUUGAAAACCAUCGACAAUGGUAGCAUUAAUCCACUGCCAGCCAGCUUGAAAGAGUUGCGCACCCAAGUUCUCUAUCGGCUUGAACGGUAUGAAGAAUGUUUCGAUGCCUACAAGGAAAUCAUCAAAAUCACCAACGAUGACUAUGAAAAUGAAAGGCGCACGAAUUUGAGUGCUGUUGCUGCUAACUUGGCUGUGGACAAGAACAAGGAAAUACCCGAGCUGCCCGAAGAAACAUAUGAACAGUACUACAAUGCCGCUUGUAUUGCUUCGAAUCGUCAAAGGUAUGCUGAGGCCGAGAAAAAGCUGCGCGCCAGCGAAAAGCUAUGUCGUGAAACUCUGGAAGAGGAUGGUGUUACUGAAGAGGAAAUGCGCGAAGAAUUGGAGCCUAUACGUGUGCAAUUGGGAUAUUGUUUGCAAAUGCAGGGCAAACUAAAAGAAGCGGCAGCUAUUUAUACCGAAUGUUUGCGCAAUAAGCCCAAGGAUGUGGUCUUAGUCGCCGUGGCUAGCAAUAAUUCGGUGGUCAUCAAUAAGGAUCAGAAUGUGUUUGACUCCAAGAAGAAAAUACGCUCGGCCAUGUCGGAGGCCUGUGAUUCGAAAUUGACCAGCCGUCAGAAAAAAGCAAUUGCAUUAAAUAAUUGUUUGCUUGCAUUAUUUACCAACUCCAGUGACCAGGUUCAGCAGUUAUGUCAAAAGUUAGUUGAAGCUUACCCUGAUGUAGAGUUCCAAGCUCUACUCAUACGCUGUUCUCAACUUACCAAGGAUAAGCGUCAGAAAGAAGCUGUCGAUUUGUUGAAUAAAUAUGCCGCUACGCAUAAAGAAAACGCAUUCGCAUCGAAAUUUGCGGUUGUGCAAUUGUUGCUUUCGCAAGGCAAUCGCAAAGAGGCGAUUGAUGUGUUGCUUUCACUUGGCGAGCAAAUGUACAAGCCCGGUAUUAUAUCUGCACUGGUAACUCUAUACUUGGGUACAGACAAUAAGCCCGCAGCAUCAGAAUUGCUGAAAUCCGCUGUCGAAUGGUAUAAAAUGAACAAUGUCAGCAGUGGCGAUUUGAGCGAUAUGUGGCGCCAAGCCGCGGAAUUCCAUUUGCGUGGCGGUGCGUCCGAGACUGCAGCCAGUUCACUUGAAGAGCUGCUCAAGCUCAACGCCUAUGAUAUGAAAGUAUUGGCUCAGCUGGUUAUUGCAUAUGCACAAUUCAAUCCAAAACGUGCCUUAGAAUUAAGUAAACGUUUACCCAAACUUGAAACACUCACCACUGCCUCUGAAAUUGAUGCUUUAGAAGCGGCCAAUUGGGUUAUGUCUACAAAGGCGGCUAAAAAAUCGGCGAAUGCCAAAAUCGAUCAAUCGCCGGGCACACCAGUUGCCGAGAAAAAGAAGAGUCGUAAUCGUAAACGCAAGGGUAAACUACCCAAAAACUAUAACGCUGACGUACCGCCAGAUCCUGAGCGGUGGCUGCCCAAAUACGAGCGUACUGGUUUUCGUAAGAAGCGUGACCGUCGUGCUAAGGAUAUUAUCAAGGGCUCACAAGGCAUGGCUAGUGGCGCCGCUGACCAAUAUGAUAUGUCGAAUCGUGCAAAUCUUGGUAAAAACUCUCCCGCCACACCAGUCUACCAGGAACCGACACCUGGACCCCGCCAACAGCAUCGCAAGGGUGGCCAUAAAAAGAAGAAGGGUGGACGUUUCUAAAUGCGAACGCUAAGCUGAUGGAACCUUUUAAAGCAUGCUUUUCAUAUAUAUUAGAACUAUCAUAUACGAGUAUAACACAAAUGUGGGAAAUGUUAAAUUA